AUGAAUCUUUUCAGAGAUGAUAAACAUGGAAGCUUUUUAGAAAGGAAGAGAAAGAAGACUAAAGACGCUGAAAGUGGAGAAAUGAAGAACAAAGCUACCAAACGGGAACUCGAAUUUUCAACUAUUUGGGACAAAAUUAUCCCCUAUGUUGCCUUAUGGUUUUUGAGGGAGGCUAUUCAGGGGCAUGACUUUGAAGACGUGGAUAACGACAACGAUGAUGAUGAUAAUGAUGAAGAAGAAAAUGAAGAUAAAGAUGAGGACAAUUAUGAAAACACAGACGAAGAAGAAGAUAAGGACAAAACCAGCACAAAGAAGCAGUCAUCUGGACCAAAGAAGGGUAUUCGAGCACUACCUAAGGAAGGUUAG